ACGGGAAGCAGACGAAAUAUCAGUGGGAAAACAUUGUAUUCCAUCUCUUUGGAUUCGGCUUUUAUAAACGCGUGAUAUAAUGUUUACUCUCAAACAUGUAUUUGUUACAAACUGCCGUUUCUUAUCCACAAGAAGCAGUGCGUUGCCUAAAAGUUUACAUAAAACUGAAUCGCCGGAAAGAGUAGUGGAAAAAACCCAGAAAUUGCGUAAUAACCAAAUAGGCUUUACCGAAGACGGCGGCCAAAGGUUUCACGGUUUCACAUACUAUCCAAGGCUCCCUGGGCAGCAAGAUCCUCCUUAUGAGCCAUCAAAGGUGCUGAUGGUCGAGCGAAUACGAGAUUUGAAGCACAGGCCAUACUGGGAAAAGGAUGUUCUUACCAAACUUGGUUUGCCGAUGACAGUUAAAAGUUCGCAAGCUGUUAUUGUUGCCAACACACCUUCAAUGUGUGCCCAACUCUGGAAGGUUAAGCAUUUGAUCAGAGUCACCCCAAUUACUUUUCCCCAGGGUCUACCUGAAGAUGGUGAUGCAGCAGGAGCCCGUUUGCAGGACAAUGGAGAGCUAGUGUUUAUCCCCAAAUUAAAGAGUGAUGCAUUGAUAGCGGCCACACAGUCCAAACCAGAAGAUAGACGUGAUUACCUUGACACGGACACAGUCAAGAAACAUUUACGCCUCAAGUGGCUGAUGCCAUAUUGAUUUCGAUAUGAAAGUAAUACAAUCACGUUGGUAGUUAUA